GGCGAGAGCCGUACCACGUGUGCUCCGCGGCCAGCAUGGAGACCGAGGCGGCCGCCAGCGGCGGCUUCACCAGCGUCGUGUCCCGGCGGAGCCGGAGGAAGCGGCGGGCGGGCGGCGAGGAGCCGGCGGCGGGAGCUGCCAUGGACACGGCGGGACCGCGGCCCAGCAAGCGGCCGGCGUUCCCGCCCGUGGCCGCCGAGGCGCUCGGGGUUGGGAAAGGUGAGCUGAGGAAGAUCCCUGUGCCGGCCAACAGGUACACGCCGCUUAAGGAGAACUGGAUGAAGAUAUUCACGCCCAUUGUGGAGCAUCUGCAGCUUCAAAUCAGGUUCAACUUGAAAACGAGAAAUGUUGAGAUCAAGACUUGUCAAGAGACAAAGGAUCUCAGUGCUCUGACGAAAGCAGCUGAUUUUGUGAAAGCCUUUAUACUUGGAUUUCAAGUAGAGGAUGCCCUUGCUCUCAUCAGAUUAGAUGAUCUUUUUCUAGAGUCAUUUGAAGUUACAGACGUCAAACCUUUGAAAGGAGAUCAUCUGUCAAGAGCAAUAGGGAGAAUAGCAGGGAAAGGUGGAAAAACCAAAUUCACCAUAGAAAAUGUGACCAGGACACGCAUCGUUCUUGCUGACACAAAAAUUCAUAUUUUGGGAUCUUUUCAGAACAUUAAAAUGGCACGAACAGCAAUUUGCAAUCUAAUUUUAGGAAGUCCUCCAUCCAAAGUUUAUGGCAAUAUUAGGGCAGUGGCCAGCAGAGCAGCUGAGAGGUUCUGAGCUGCACCACCAAGGACUGGGGCUGGAAGUCCAGGUUCCUGAACACAGGAGAAGCCGAGAGCUACAGAAGCCAUCAGUUUUCUGCUGGAUUUGGAAGCCCAGAAGAAAACCACAACUGUUUGUGCAGUCUGAUUGACUUUGGACAUGUGGUCUGAUUUGAACACACCUAAUGUUUCUGUCUAGUCAUUAAAAGAGGUUUUAAAUUGUGUCUCUAUCAAAAGUCCAUGAUUUUACUUGAACAGCCUCAAACAAAAACCUGCUUCAUUACGGAUUUUCUGAAUAUCAGACUUAAGACGCUGCUUCUUCAGAAAGCCUUGGUGUUUAAUGUUUCGAGCCUAAAGGAAUUGGCAGAGUUAUGCAUUUAUAAACACACAUUUAAUGUGAUGGUUUAAUAUCUUCCUGAAAGAAGGAGUCAGCUGGAAUGCAGAGUCCAAUGGCAGGCUGUCCACUGAGCACUGCUGCUGAACAAUGAAUCACAUGAAAAGAGUAAGAUGAAGGGGUAAAUAACAUCUUUGAACUGAAUCCUGAAUCUGCACACACACAGAUUUCUUAAUUCCUACAAAUUAUCUGUAAGGACAGCCUAGUGGAGCCAAGAGCCACAAGGUUAAGUAUGUUCCAGUGUACCAGAGCACAAACAACUGUAAGGUCCUGUGUGUCUCUUUAAAAUGCUACAUAAGCAGCAUAAUGCAGUAAAAGUAGGGGGAGAAAUUAAGAGUGACCACUCCCAGUAAGAUUUAAAAACGGACCCUCUUCUCCUAAACCUGCCAGGCAACCUUCUGUAAAAUGUCUUGCAAAAUAAAUAAGUCAGGUUUGGGAAUGAAAAAAGAAAUAAGAUUAUCAAACACACAAGCAAAUUAAGUAUUUAGGUCAAUGUCCAAGUUUCCAGAAUAGAGCUUCACAGUGUGGGAUUAUCACUACAGCCAAAUUGAUUCAAGCCUUCAGUUGUGAAACUUGCUGGAGUACCUUGAGCACACACAAUUUAGCAGUCUGAGCGAUACAGGGGACAGUGUGUGCAUUCUGAGCAGCUCCAGGCACAUGUACCUGCUCACUACAUUUUCUGUUUCUUGGCUGCUUACAUCAUUUAUUUCAAUUAGCUUCAAAGAUAAAGGAGAGUGAUGCAAGAGCACACAAAACUGAUACUUAUCCUAAAUUAGGUGCAUACCUGCACUGACCCAAAGCAGCAGAAGGGAGAGGGCAGCACACACAAGGUCCAAACACCUGCACCCCAAAGAGCACAGCACAAAGCUGCUGUGAAGGGUAUACCUGUGCAAGAAGGGCUGGUGUCAUCAAUACAAAGACCUUUUCUGAGACAUGUGAACUGUCUUUUAUUCUCCACCUACAUUAAUGUUAGGGGGGGUUGGUUUGUUUUUUAAAACCACUUUCCACAGGGAUUUCAAACAAGGUAGGUUAUCCACUUUGAACAUUUAGCAAAGAGAACCAGAUGUGCCAUUAAACAACCUCAACAUGUCUUGAAACACUGAAAUGACCCCUGGUCGUUUUCAACAGACUGCACCCUGUGGAGUUUUUCAGUAAAUCUUAAUAAUCAGGGAGUGGACAAAAAAUAUGAACAGGUUUUCUUCAGAGCAAGGUGCAGAGCUGCUCUAAGGUGAACAGGAAAGGUACUGAGCACCCCAGCUAAGGUUCAAAUAUUUUAUUUUAUAUUCAUACAGUAUGAAGGUUCUUAUAGUUCCCACAAUAUACGAUGUAGCAUGCAGAGGAAAAACUAAACAUUCAACAUAAAUCUUUUUUCCCCACACAAACUGAAAAAAAACCUCAUCCCUCCCCUUCCAGUCCCCCAUAGGAAGUUAACAUUAGCACUAAUUCCUAUAAUGCCAGCCAA